AUAAAAGAGCGAAGACUAGGCAGGACGUCAUGCUUGUUGCUGGCCAUCAGCCUCGUUUUCAUUUGCUCAUUCCUCCCCUCUUUGGCACUGGAAUGUUUCAAGAACGCCGCCCCUGACACUUUCCCAUCUAUGGGGAAACCCUACCUCGCACUGUUUCAUCUCUUCCACAGGUCUUUUCUGAUCAACAGCAUCGCCAAUUCAACCAUUUACAGCGUGUGUGACGUCAAAUUCAGGAGAGAGUGUGCGAAAUUGGUGAAAUGUUUGUAA